AUGCCGACCGGCCUUCUCUACGUGACAAUGCAGCCCAAGGGCUCACUGCCCGACGCCCAAUUCCACGACUGGUAUAACACAGAACAUGGACCUCUGCGUCUCCGGUUGCCCUUUGUUACCAAUGGCUUCCGCUUCCGCGCUACCGAUGGCGAGAAGCCCGAAUACGUUGCGCUGUACGAUAUCACCGAUAUGGACGAGCUGACCCAGAAAACAUAUCUGGAUCUGCGAACAGACUUAGUCAAGACCGAGCGGGAGAAGAAGACGAUGGCCCAGAUCGACGUUGGGCGGAAACUUUACGACUUGGUGGACGAGCUGAGCUCCCCCGCGUACCGCGCACUGGAGGAUCGCGCCGACACAGACCCCGAGACGCGGGGCACCGUCAUGAUUGCCGUGACCACCGUCACUCACCCGGAUCCGGAGAAAGAGGCGGAGCAUGACCGCUGGUACCACGAAGAGCAUUUCGAGAUGCUCUCUCGUGUCCCCGGAUGGCGUCGUAGUCGUCUCUUCCGCACGGCGGCAAUUGACUCGGCCGCCCCCCGGGAGACUCUAGCUCUGCACGAGUAUGCACCACACAACGGACUGGGAGGGGAGGCCCACAAGGCUGCCAUGAGCACCCCGUGGAGAGACCGCCUCGUCAAGGAUGUCGUCGCUUCCAAGUCCCGUCGCACCUACCAGUGGUAUUACACGUUCGGACCGGCCCCUCGCGAGCUGGCCUCGUUAGCAGCUCCGGAUGUCAUUGGACCCUGGGCUUCUAACGAUGGCAAGACCCGCACAUUUCCUUCAGCUACGCGGCCGGCUGUGGAAUCUUUUAUAACUACCAAAGAUGGCGUGGAGAUCCCCUAUCGACUGGAGGGCAACACUGAUCCAGGUGCCCCCGUGGUCGUCCUCAGCAACUCGAUUCUGGUCAACUGGAACAUCUGGGAUCGUUUUGUGGACGUGUUCCUUUCCCGGCCUCAGAACCAGAAGUAUCGCGUUGUGCGAUACCUGACCCGUGGCCGCCACUCGGCCAGUGGUGAACAGCCGGUGAACAUCGAUUUUCUGGGCGGAGUGACGGUGCUCAAUGCAUCCCUUCUAUAUCCAGAGCGCAUUGCGGCGUUCAUUGCCUGCGACACCAACUCAUCCGCGCCAGAAUCAAACCGGAAGGCUUGGGGAGAUCGCGUAGCAAUGUGCGAGAAGGAAGGCGCCGUGGACCCGACGACGAAGGAGCCCAUCGUUGGCGAGGAGCUCGCAGAGGCUACCACUCGACGCUGGUUCGUCCCCGAGUCCUACGAGACACAGCCGGAGGUGCUAGCGCCCGUCAAGGAAGCCGUUCGCACGAACAGCCUCAAGGGCUUCGUGCACAGUGUGCAAGCGCUCUGCGCUUACGAUAUCCGCGAGCGCAUGGCGUCGGCGACCGUGCCAGGACUCUUUAUUGCGGGCGCCAAUGAUGGUGUUCUGCCUCAGACUAUGCAGAAGAUGGCGGCUGAUCUGAAAGGCGGAGCUGAGCUGAAGAUUAUUGACCGCGCAGGCCAUCUUCCCAUGGUCGAACAGCCCGCGUCAUUUGCGGAUGUUGUGACAGAAUUCUUGGGCAAGAUUGACGAGUGA